GAACGGCAAACAUUCCUCAUGAAUGACAAUGACGGUGGCUGUGAUAACGCCUGGCAGCAUCAUCGCCGUUCGAAGCCGUCGGUCUAGUCCUCAUCCGAAGUGGCGGGGCAAGCGGCAUCCAUAUCCAUUCGCAAGAGGCGGUAUCGAUCGCGCCGGCGCCCGUUUGCGCCGCCGCCAGCUCGUCAGUGUCGAGCGAGAGACGGCCGGCAUAGCUUCGGCCCGGGCGGCGAGGUUUGCGACCAUCACCACACCACAUACACCUCUGCGAGCCAAGAUGGCGGCAGUCCGCGACGUCAAAAGUGUUCGAGCCCCAGCAGUAGCGCGACCAGUGUCCUAGAGUGCGUGAUGUGAGAUGUCCAGGCGGCCUUCUUCUGUCGAGCAUGCAUCAUGAGCGAGGGUUGCUGGGGGCCCGCUCGCCUUCGAGAGAAGCGGCAGCCUGGUAGCGGGCCCCGGAGGCACACCGACCCCGGGGGCACUCGGAGCCGCGAGGGAGGGCACUCCUGCCGCCCGCAGCGAUGCUCCCGGCUCCCGUAGCAGCUGACGACCGAGCCGCCGUCGCCAUCGCCACCGCACCCUGCCCCGCAGAAUGCCCCGGGCCCCGUCAUCGGGCCUGUCAUCGCUGCUCCUGAUGGCCGGCCUGGCCUUCGCCACCACCACCACCACCUCCUUCGUCUCCGCCGCCACGGUCCCGCUUCCUUCGUGCUCUGCCUCCUCUGCGGCAGAGGCCUUCUGUCCGCCGCCUUGCCGCCUGCAGAUGCCGACCGCCAACAGAUCUACACAGUGCCUUUAUUACUUGCAAGAAUCGCACAAAGAGGAGGUGUGCGGCCGCGACGUGGCUCCCGAGCGCAGGCGUGACGUGCUGCACGGACUCCGGAUGCGUCACUGCUGCGAACACGCCGUCGACGCGGCCCUCCCCGAAGACGCCUUCCACGGCGAGGCGGCGUGCCGAAGACACCUGGAGGCGCUCAUCGAGGUCGAUCGGCUCGCCAGGAGGCUCUCCUGCGGACACGCCGACCUGCUCACUCGGUACGACUGCGCUCAGAACUACUCCAUCGCACACGACUGCAAAGACUGCAAGGGAGCUUACCGGCGGUGGGUGUGCAGCUCCCUGGUGCCUCAUUACUCGCGAUCUGGGCAGCGCGUGCGGCCCUGCCUCAGCGUGUGCGAAGACGUGGAGCAGCAGUGCCCCUACCUGGUGCCCGACCAGACCAUUGCGCCGGGGGAGGCCGCCCAUCCCACGCCGCAGUACGCCGGGGAACCGGCCUUUCUCUGCCUCGAUCCGAACAUUCCUGAGACGGGCGAGCAGCGGCUGAAAUCCUCCCGAGGCGACGAAGACUGUUGCUACACGCACUGCGGUUCGGCAGGCAGGGGCGGCCAUUUGCAGCGAUACAUCGAAGUGGGCAGCCGGCACCGGGACGUUCUUGCCGUGUGCGAACACUGCCCCGGGCAGCCUGCCGCCCCGUCGUCGGCCGCCCUGCCUGGUGGCGCCCCCGCGCGGACUUUUAACAAAGCGCUGCUCCUAUGGACAGCGUGGAUAGCGUUCGUGCAGACAGAGAGACUGAUUUCUUUAUUGUUGGUUAUGUGCGAGUACAGUGUUCGGACGACGAUGUGCUGGUUUUUAAAAGAACGGAGACAUUCGUGCUUAUAGAAUUUGUAGGAGAUUUAGGUGAUAUGUGUUCUUAUAUACCUGGUGGCCUACGAAGGUCUGUCUGUGGUGACGCAAACGUUGCUCAAUGUUACUUUUUGGAUUGAUACCAGGUAUUCUGGUGGUCGGAAUUGUAAUGAAGACAUAUCCCAAGCGUUUUCAUUGCCAUUGAAAUCUACUGAAAUAUUAUUUGAGUCUCCGUGAGUUCAAUAAGCUAGUGGCUCUUGGCUCUUAUAAUGAAAGAGCCAUCAAUUCUUUAAAGUUGACCUCAUCAACUAGCUAACAGUUUUGUCAUGUCUUCUAAAUGCUGAAUAGUGAAAUGCAAUUGAUAGAUGCACACCCAACAAUAAAUAUAUAUAUUUAUUUCUGCGAUUUCGAUUAUGAAUUUUCUAGGUACUAAUCGUGUUGGCUUCAGAGGUUAUCAAUCAAUAUCAACAGUUUGGUAUAUUGACAAAAUUUUAUAUUAUCAAAAAAUUAUAUUUCAUAUUGCUUCCAGGCAUGAACAUAAAAUUAACUGGUAGUGUCAAUAUUUGAAACGGUUUUCACGAUGAUAGAAAAUUAAUAUACUCCCGGCAGAUCAGAUAAUUUUCAUUUAUAAAAAGAUUUAUAAAUUAUAGCUAUUUAUUCAGCUAUGAAAAAUGUUCGUCUCCCUCUACUUUCUUUCACCGUAUAGUAAUUCGUGCUGAUGAAAU